AUGCGUGCACUGCCCUACUCAAUUUUGAUUCAUCAUGGCCAAGGAACCAUUAAUUCAUUCCGUGGAAAAAACUGUGAAUUUGACAGAAAGUCUGUUUUGGCGAUAUUCCAGGAUUACAUGUAUCAGUACGUUCGUGGUACGUCACAACGUGCGGCGUUGGACAUAACGUUAUUCAUUCCACAGCAGGUAUGGAAACAGUUAGGCUACCCCGCCAUCAUGCUAGCCUGGGCGUAA